UCUGAAGCUUCUACAGCCUUCAAGCAGCUACAAUCACUGCAGUCAUGGCUUUCUCCAGCAGUGUCCUGUCUGGAUCAGUGUACACAUCCAGACAGAUGGAGCACUGGAGCUGAUCUUCAGUCACGACUUCAUGUGGACACAACUUCUGCAUGAUCUGUGUCAAAGAGUGCUGGGACACCAGUUCACACUGCCAGUGUCCAGUAUGUAAGAUGGAUUUUCCCAAAAGACCUAAACUACAUGUUAACACCUUCAUCUCUGGACUGGCUGCUCAAUUCAGGAAGCCAGUUCAGGUCAAAUCAAGCAGCACCGCAGGAGAACCUACCAAAUCUCAGGUGUACUGUGACUUCUGCAGCGAGAAGAAACGUGAAGCACUGAAGUCCUGCCUGAACUGUAUGACCUCUUACUGCAAGACUCACCUGGAGCCUCAUGAGAAAGUUUCUUCAUUCAGGAAACACAAACUAAUAGAUCCUGUGGAGAACCUGGAGGAUUACAUCUGUCAGAAACAUGAGAGACCUCUGGAGAUGUUCUGUAGAGACGACCAGACGUGUGUGUGUCAGUUCUGCACUGAAACAGACCACAAGAACCACAACACAGUUCCUAUAGAGGAGGAGAGUGCAGAGAAGAAGACUCAGCUGGAUCAUCUGAUCCAGGACCGACUGAAGAAGAUCAAAGAAAUCAAACAUUUGUUAGAACUUAAUAAAACAAACACAGAGAAGGAGAAAGCUGACAGCAUGGAGAUCUUCAGAGCUCUGAUACGCAGCAUUGAUUCAAUCCAGGCUGAGCUGCUGAAGGUGAUGGAAGAGAAGCAGAGAGCAGCAGAGCGUCAGGCUGAAGAGUUCAUUAAAGAUCUGGAGCAGGAAAUCACUGAGUUGAAGAGCAGAAACACUGAGCUGGAGCAGAUCUUCAACACUGAGGAUCAUCUCCACCUCCUACAGAUUUACCCGUCCCUGUGCAGACCUCCACCCACCAACAACUGGACUGAUGUCAGUAUUCAGCCUCAUCUGAACCCGAGGAAUUUGAGGAGAGCUCUGUCUCAGCUUCAGGAAUGUAUCGAUGAGGAAAUGAAGAAGGUUGUCUGUAUGGAACUGAAGAGAAUUCAACAAUAUGCAGUGGACAUGAUUCUGGAUCCUAAUACAGCUUAUCCUUACCUGAUCCUGUCUGAUGAUGGAAAACAAGUUACAUGUGGAGACAAACGACAGAAUCUUCCUGAUAAUCCAGAGAGAUUUUAUCUCUGUCCCUAUGUGCUGGGAAAGGAGGGAUUCUCCUCAGGGAGAUUUUACUAUGAGGUUCAGGUUAAAGGGAAGUCUAAGUGGGAUUUAGGAGUGACCAGAGAGUCCAGUAACAGGAAGGAAAAAAUUAAACCAAGUUCUGAAGAUGGAUAUUGGUCUGUGUGUCUGAGAAAUGAAACUGAAUAUCAGGCUCUGGAUUCUCCCUCUGUCCCUCUCUUACUGAAACAGGCUCCUCAGAAGGUGGGGGUGUUUGUGGAUUAUGAGGAGGGUUUGGUCUCCUUCUAUGAUGUUGAGAAUGAGUCUCAUAUCUACUCUUUCACUGGUCAGUCUUUCACUGAGAAACUCUAUCCGUACUUCUGUCCCUGUUACAAUGAUGGAGGUAAAAAUUCAGCACCACUGAUCAUCUGCCCUGUUAGUCAAGUUCAACCUUAAUUAGUCAAUGCAAUGCAAUGUGCAACACCACUGUCUGAUUUAUAUUCUUCUACUUGUUUCUUCUUCUUUCUCUUCUUUGUAUUUUAUUUCUAUAAAACGAAUUAUGUGCAAAAGUUAGUGCACCCUCUCAUGUUAGCAUGAUAUAAGUACACUCUCAACACCAAUUAAGAGCAUGGGACAUCAUAUCAACCACCUAUGAUACCAAAGCAACCCUCUAGAAUCACACUGAUAACAACAAUUAAAUACCAUCACAACCAACUAGCAGCACCAUACUAACUGGAUCUCCAUAGCAACCGCAUGGAAUACUUAUAACAGCCUUUGAACCAUGUGGCAUAUUAAAACCACCUAGCAGUGCUAUAGCAACCACAUGGGACAUUAUAACAUGCAGCUAUCAGCACACAUGCAUCAUGAUGGUAAGCCAUCUCACAAAUCCAUAGUAACCAACUAGUAACCUAGUAACUAGUGAUUAAGGCUGCAUAGGAUAUUAUGCAGGAGGAGGAUAUUGAGGAGGAGGGGUUGGUGAUGGAGAGGGUGAUAGAGGUAUAAAAAGACCUAUGUAAAAUCAAUGAGUUGUUCUUACUGUGGUGCUUUUAUGCUGUAUGUAAUAAUCCACAAUAAUGCUUUCAUUAAACUUAAAUCCAGCUUAAAGGAA